AUGGGCUACUUGGGAGGGAAGCUGUACGUGUUGGUGGACGGAGAGCACGUGUCCGUGGUGGACGGCCUGAUUAGCUGUAAUCUUUCCGUGAGGGUGUUCCCGCUCUCUCCGGACUUGUCGUACGGUUCGAGCUGGUGCGCCAGAGAUGCUUUUAGCGACCACCAGACGACCUCUUACCACUUGGCCAACCUCCGAGGUGAACUCCUCGUCAUCCUGAGCCACAGUUAUGAGUGGUACAGGGGCACUGACCCGGACGCCAAGCUCAAAUUCGAGGUGUACAAGCUUGUACUGAGAGGCGGAGGAGACGAUAAGGGCAGUUAUCAUUGGGCAGAAGUGGCCAACCUGGAUGGACACGCCGUGUUUUUGGGGUCUCACCAGUCGUUCUGCCUUCCUGCGGAUCCGCUCAACAAUGGGGUUAAAGGAAACCGCAUCUACUUCGUUUUUGAGGACUAUCGCUCCAAUGAAUAUGGCAAUGAUUGUGGCAUGUUCAAUCUGGAGAACCAAUGGGUUGAGAGGCUUUGUAAUUCUGAUCCUGAUGACAGAAUGAUUGUGGGGAGGAAGGCACGUACUUUUUGGUUUCUCCCCAUGCCCUGGGAUAUCCAAAAGCACAGAAAAGAUCAAGAAAGGGUGUUGGAGCAGGCAAAACCUAGGUCGGCGGUGUACGUCGCAAAGGCAACGAAGAGGAAGAGCAAUAUUAGCAAAAAGCAGCAUCAGCAACAUGAUGGUAAUAAGGUCACUCGUCUAGCGAACAGAUUCCAAGCUUUAUUAACCGCAGACGAAGAUGAAGAUGGGAGGCAAAGAAUAAGGAUGAGUAUAUGGCUGGAAGGCAUGCUUAAUUAA